CUGUUUCCCUGCCUCGAGUUUGUUGGUGUGGUUGCUAGGAUACCGGAUGUUAAUGCGUUUAGAUACCUCCCAGAGAUAAAUUGGCUUUAAGUGUCGCUCUGAAAACUAAGUUAAAAGUGCCUAAAAAUGUUAGACACAGAGGGAGACCACGACGGUGAAAAGCCAAAGGGCGUAUUUUCUACCUUAAUGGCCGACGGGGAAUGGCUGUACGUGAAAGGAGAGUAUAAAAAGGCUAUAGAAAGCUUCACAACGGCACUGACUUUAAAACCUGGUGAGAAGAACUGCUAUGUCGGCCGAUCCAAAUGUUACCUGAAGAUGGGUCAAGCUGAAAACGCUUUAAAGGAUGCAGAGUCUUCACUCAAAGAAGACAAGACAUUUUUCGAGGGAUUGUACCAGAAGGCAGAGGCUUUAUACUAUAUGGGAGAAUUUGAAUUUGCACUGGUGUUUUACCACAGAGGACAAAAGCUACGUCCACAAAUACAGGAGUUCAGACUGGGUAUCCAAAAAGCACAGGAAGCCAUAGAAAACUCUGUUGGCAGCCCCUCUGUAAAACUGGAGAUUAAGGGAGACCUAUCAUUUCUCCAGAAAGAUGAGGAGGGGGCACAGCCAAUUACUGCUAUUCAGCAUCUGACGAAGGAGAAAAAACAGCAGACACAGAAGACCCCUAAAAGUGAGAAGACAACCAAACAACUGCUGGGAGAGUUUUACAGUGACAAGAAAUAUCUAGAAAACCUGCUGAAAGAUGAAGACUUGGUCAAAGGCAAGACGAAGGGCGGGGAACAACUGCAGGACGUCAUUCAGAGCUGCCUGACAUACCUUGACACUUGCACCGAGUUCUGGAACCAGGAGAAACCCAUCUGCGCACGGGAAAGGGACCAUAAGCUCAUGCAACAAAAAUGUAGCAAGCUCCAUCCCAGUGCACCCUCUGAACCUGCCCAGUUUCUGCUUAAGAGCCUGGAUGACAUUGAUGCAGACUUGACAUCUGGAAAUGCAGAGGGUAGUCUCAAGAAGGCAAAAGAAGUCAUGAGGACUGUACAGGGAUGGUCAGAGAAGGAGGUACCUAAUAAAAAAGAAGUUCUGGGAAGCCUGCACAGUUGCAUUGGGAAUGCUUUGAUUGACCUGGGAGAUAUGGACAAAGCAUUAGACCACCAUCAAAAAGACUUGGAGCUGGCUAAACAGUGCAAACUCCCAGAAGCAAUGUCCAGGGCACUGGACAACAUUGGUCGAGUCUAUGCCCGAAUUGGACAGUUCACACAGGCCAUUGAGUUCUGGGAAAAGAAGAUUCCCCUGAUACGUGGUGGUCUGGAGAAAACCUGGCUGUUUCACGAGAUUGGUCGGUGUCACCUGGAGCUUAAUCGCUACAAAGAGGCCAGAGACUAUGGCGUCCGUUCAGUUGCUGCAGCUGAUGAAAUUGCUGAUGAGAAAUGGCAGAUAAAUGCCAGUGUGUUGGUGGCACAAUCAGAAAUGAAACUUGGAAACUUUGAGUCCUGUGUUGCCAGCUUUGAGAGAGCCUUGACCUACGCCAAACUGCAAGAAGACGACUCUGCCAUGAAUGCCAUUCAGAAGGCUCUUGAUGAAGCAAAGCAACAUCUAUCGCAAUGAAGAUGUAUCCAGUAAAGACUGAGUACAUCCUGAAGAGAAGAACAGGAACAGUUGUUUAAAAUGCAUGGAGUAUCAGUAUUUUGACAUGCUGAAAAAGUUUUAUGGGCACUUUCACUUGGUGUAUUUGAAUUUGAGAUGUUCGAGUGUUUCCAUUGAAAAAUUGUAAAAAAAAACAAAACAAAACAGGCUGAUGAAUAAAACCCAGUGUCUGCUUACA